UGACGUUUGAGGGCGGGGCGCGGAGGGCGCUACGAAAGCCAAGAGGGGCCAGAAUCCCCAGUCGCUUCGAAGAGGAGAACGGGAGGCGGGAUGGUUUACAUCUCGAAUGGACAAGUGUUGGACAGCCGGAGUCAGUCCCCAUGGAGACUGUCUUUCAUAACCGAUUUCUUCUGGGGAAUAGCCGAGUUUGUGGUUUUCUUUUUCAAGACUCUGCUUCAGCAAGAUGUGAAAAAAAGAAGAGGCUACAGAAACUCGUCUGAUUCCAGAUAUGAUGAUGGAAGAGGGCCACCAGGAAACCCUCCCCGUAGAAUGGGUCGAAUCAAUCAUCUGCACGGCCCCAGUCCUCCUCCAAUGGCUGGUGGAUGAGGAAGGUAAAUGUCUGCUCUCAGAAGCAGACAACUGGACAUGCACAUUCAUAGCAGAAGGAAACCAUCAUGCAGUGGAGGGCUGACCAUGCUGGACAAGUAGCUGAAUGUGUACGUCUAAACCAGGAUUGCUCUGUGUCUUCACAGACGAAUGAGGUCAUGCUGGGAAUUCCCUCUGCAGGGAUCUGGCCUGACUGACAUGCAGUUCUAUAAAUGCACAUGUUUGUGUCGUUAUCUUUUUUGUAUAGUUUGUUAAAGUAUUAAUAUAGUAUUAAUAUGUAAAUAUUUUUAGGUUGCAAACUGGCUUCUCAUUUUUAUACAGUUAAAUCACAAAUUCCAAAUCUGAAGAAAAUAAAUAAAAGGCUGUUAUUCAGAACUAUUAGUGUCACCUUUUUCAACUUCUGAAAUAUCAUUAUUUAUUUGUACUCAUUUAUGAAUAAAUCACACUAUAUUCAUUUCAGUGGAAUGCAUACAGUA